AGGAAGGGAGGGAAAAAGGACAGGAGGAGUGAAAACCACCACAGCUGAGCCACCCCCUCCCCUCCCAGGCUGAGUGAAGAUGCUCAACUUGGAUUGGCGGGAAAGGGUCAGGAGCUACCGGGCCACUGGCAAGAGUUGCGCUUAGCUUAGCGCAGCCGGCGCCUGAGGUGAAUCAGCGCCCGCCCCGCCUGCCCUCGCCAUGGGUGCCUCCGGCUCCUGGGCUCUGGCCCUCCAAGGCUUCUCCGCAUCCCGGGUCCCCCGGCAGCUGCGGUCCACCUGGCUCAGCGUCGCCGCGCUGGGACUGGCCGCGGUGGUGCUGGGGACGGUGGCCUGGCGUCGCGUGCGUCCCCGGCGCCGGCGGCUGCAGCAGGUGGGGACGGUGUCGCAGCUCUGGAUCUACCCGAUCAAGUCCUGCAAGGGGGUGUCGGUGAGCGAGGCGGAGUGCACCGACAUGGGGCUGCGUUGUGGUCACCUGCGUGACAGGUUUUGGCUUGUGAUCAAUGAAGACGGGAACAUGGUCACUGCCCGGCAGGAACCUCGCUUGGUCUUGGUUUCCCUGACCUGUGACAAUGACACCUUGACUAUCAGUGCAGCCUACACAAAGGAUCUAUUGCUGCCCAUCACACCACCCGCCACAAACCCGCUCCGCCAGUGCAGAGUGCAUGGUCUGGAGGUGCAGGGCAGGGAUUGCGGAGAGGAAGCCGCUCAGUGGAUCACCAGCUUCCUGAAGACACAGCCCUGUCGCCUGGUGCACUUCGAGCCCCACAUGAACCCCAGACGUUCUCAGCUGCUGAAGGCUCGGUUCCGGUCCAAGGACCAUGUGGCCUACUCAGAUGUAAGUCCAUACCUGGUCCUGUCUGAGGCAUCCUUGGAAGAUCUCAACUCCAGGAUGGAGAAGAAAGUGAAAACUAUUAACUUCAGGCCCAACAUUGUCAUUUCAGGAUGUGAUGUUUUCGCAGAGGAUUCUUGGAAUGAACUCCUCAUUGGGGAUGUGGAACUGAAGCGGGUGAUGGCUUGCACCAGGUGCCUUUUAACGACGGUGGAUCCGGACACCGGCAUCAUGGACAGAAAGGAGCCGAUGGAAACACUGAAGAGCUACCGGCUAUGUGACCCUUCGGAACAGCCGUUAUACGGAAAGCUACCCCUCUUUGGACAGUAUUUUUCUCUGGAAAAUCCAGGGACAGUCAAAGUGGGAGACCCCGUGUACCUUCUGAGCCAGUAAUGGAAACUGCACAUUCUGGAACAACAGAUGUCUCUCAGAAACAUUUUUGAAGCUGACAUCGCUUGAACUGGUUCUUCAGCCUUUUCUUUGGGGCUGUGAUUCCCAAGUUUUCCUCUUUCAGAUUUCCUCAGUCUCUCGUUUUCUGGGUCCAGCACACAAAGCAGAGAAAGGCAGUCCUGCAAACUUAGCAGGGCGCCGUCGAGUUUCUUGAAGGAUGAAGGGAUUAUCAAAAUGCUCUGUUUAUAAUUAUGGAGUAAUUUUUCUACUUCUGCAUUCUCUUGCCAAGGCAGCAGAUGUCCAUCAUCUCUCUACCCCUCUUUUGGGAAGGGAAAGAAAACAGGAGGAAGACUGUAAGCCAGAAGAAUGUUCCAGAAUGUUUUGCUACCCCUGGACAUCAUGCAUACAAUGGAAAUUAAAUACUUUCCCAAGUAAGGUUGGAA